CAAACUGGCAGCAUCUUGCUUUUAACUUUGAAAAGGUCUAAUCAAAACUAGCCUUUUCCAGUCGAUCGAACAAACCCUUUUUUUUUUUUUUUUUUUUUUUUUUUUUUUUUUUUGAGUUUAUAAUUAGGAUAAUAAUCAAGUUAGGUCCAAAUCUCCGGACUGGGCUGGACUAUUGAGAUUUGAUGAGAGAGUAAAUGAUUAUAAUUAGGGGCAGGACAUUAGGAUCCAAUCCAAGCCCGGUUAGUAAUUCCAAAGUAGUUUCGGCAUUUUUUAGAUUUCUGGUUUAUGUAGAUGCUUUUACUUUUCUUAAUCUUUGUCUCGAAGACGAUGCAGUGAUGAACAUCUACUCUGUGUACCAGAGGUCAUCAGUGAUGGGUAACACAUCCCUCUAAGAAGUUCUGAGCUCGUUUAAUGCUUAAGUUUUCAUUUUUGAUCUGGGUUUUUCUCUUUUGUUAUUAAAGUCGUGUUCUUUUGUUUGUGCUCUUUUGAGGGAUUUACAAUGGGGGUGGGACUGCGAGAUGAAGAUAGAAAUUCAUAAGUCUGUCAAUCCACUGAUCUGUUAUUACAGUUUGAUGUUACCAUGAAUCCCGACAGGUUCUGAUCGCAGCUCUAAGCCCUCCCAUCUUCUUAAAGUUUUAAGCCUUUUCUUUUUUUUCGUAUUUGAAAAAGUGGUAGCUUUUCACGUAAAUUAUGGUUGCUUUUAUUUGCGGGGCAUGUGAUGAAUCUCAUAUUUUAUGGGUAAUUUGCGUCUGAAAUUUUCAUUGAUGCCAUAUCACCUUGGAGACCUGAUGCCUCUGUCCUUAUAUUCAUUUGCCUCAUUUGAUUGAAGAAUUGACCUCUUAGCUCAUGCUAUCUUUGAAAGUGCUUUUAUCACUAGUAGCUGAUGUCUACAUUGCCUGUCAUAGCUCGGUGGUAAAGGCAUUUGGUCAGAUGGUAUGGGGUUUGGGUAAUUUUUCAUGCACAUUUGUUGAUUUCUAUUGAACUAUGUUUGGAUAACUGGUGUGGCUAGUUAUUAUUGUUUCACAGUGUCUUAGAGUAUAGGUGAUAUGAAGGUAAGAUUUUUAUCUUGAGGCCAAUCUUUCAAAUUUGUUGGGCAAGUGAUGAGAGUUUAAGUUUAAUGGGUAAUUUGCGUCUGAUAUGUAUUUUGAUGCUAUUCCUUACUCAGCUGAUGCCCUUGUUCAGGUACUAGAGUGUAUCUAGUUGUUACUCUGAGUUCUGAUAUUUUAAUUAGUGUCCCUACUGUGAGGUUCUGUAUCCGCCCAUAAAUGGUUGGGAACAUACAUUUUUGCCAGUUUCUUGCUGUAUCUCAUGAGUAUUAAAUCUAUAUCCUUAAU